AUGGUUAGCACGCGAGUGCCAAGCGUUUCCCGCGCGCGUGUCGUGCUGGCAGGUCUCGUCACGGCGUCGUGGUACGCGCCGUCCGAGACGUCCUCCGCGCCAACCCACCCCACGCCGCUCCGCGUCGCCCUCGUCGCCUCGUCCGACGCCUCCGAUUCGUCCGUUGCUUCGACGCUCCCCGCCUCCGGCGGCGAAAAUGCUGCUGCCGUCGAGCGACCCGCGAAACCGGCCGCUGCAGUCCAAUCGCCCCCCGCCGCCCGCGGCACUGGUAAAAGAGUUGUUGCUCCGCGUGCGGUUCCGCGGCCGGUAGUAAUGAGCGCGUAUGACGGCGUGCUGGACCCCGACCUGUUCGAGACCGCCGGCGAGUUGGGGCGCGGCGGGUUUGGCACGGUGGUGGCGAUGCGGCGAGUGGAGAGCGGCGAGGUGGUGGCGGUGAAGCGCGUGGCGCGCAAGCAGAUGGUGGCGGCGGCGAACGAGGCGAUGGUGGCAGCGUCGCUGAGCGAGUGCCCGGGCGUGCUGGGCGUGCGCGAGGUGCAUCUGGCCGACCACCACGCGUACCUGCUCUCCGACGUCUGCUCUGGCGGCGACCUCCGCGCCCUCCUGCAGCGACGCGCAGCCGCCGCUGCCGCCGCAACCACGCCCGCGGAGAAUGGCAAUGGCAGGCGGUGGUGGGGGAAGGCGAGCGGCGAGGGCGGGCGGGGAGGGGGAAUGGCGGAGGCGGAGGCGCUGGAAGUGGUGAAGCACGUGGGCGACGCCGUGGCGUUCUGCCAUGAGCGAGGCGUGGUGCACUGCGACAUCAAGCCCGACAACAUCCUCUUCGCCUCGCCCCUCUCCAACAUGGAACCCCCGCCUUGCCAACCCGCUGCUAGCCCCGCUGCGCCUGCGCGGCCCUCUCCUGCUGCCCGCCUCUGCACGCCCGUCUCCUCAGCACGCGCCUCCUCCCGACUGGCCGCGGGGGCAGUGCGGCUGGCGGACUUUGGGUUGGCGCAGGUGGUGGCGGAGGGGCAGCGCGUGUGCAGCACUCCCGCAGGCACGCCCGGGUACAUGGCGCCUGAGGUGGAGGCCCUCUGCCGCCCUCGCUGCCCGCCCGCCCCUGGCGCCGCGAAGCAGGGAAGAGGAGCCGCGGCGAGAGCAGCAGGGGGAGAGGCAGAGGCAGGCGGGUAUGGGCGGGCAGCGGACGUGUGGUCGCUGGGGGUGACGCUGCUCGAGAUGAUCGCAGGCGAGCGGCCGUACGCGGGGGAGGCGCCUCAGCAGGGCGAGUGGCGCGCGCGCAUGGAGGGGGCAGCGUGGGAGGGCAUGUCGGAGGAGUGCCGCGCGCUGGUGAGCGACAUGCUGAGAGUGCGCGCGGAGGAGAGGCUCACCAUGGCGCACGUGUGCCACCACCCCGCCAUGAUCCGCGCCUUCAGGGGCAUUGGGACGCGCAGCAGGAAGGGAUGGUGUGACUACGCCGCAUUGCACCGCCUAAUACUGGAACGCGCUUCAAACGCGUACGUGGCAUGGCAACAGGCGGAGACGACAAGGGAGAAGGAAGAGGAGGUGGCUUCGGAAGCACCUCUAGUGGAGCCGUAUGGGAUACAGCAGCCGGUGAGGAGAGCGGGGCAAGGAGAGGGGGCGAUGCAGAAGUCAGAAGACACGGACGACGGACAGGCGGAUGCGGAGGAGGGGGUGGAGGAGGAGGGGGAGGGGGAGGGGGAGGGGGAGGGGGAGGGGGAGGGGGAGGGGGAGGGGGAGGGGGAGGGGGAGGGGGAGGGGGAGGGGGAGGGGGAGGGGGAGGAGGAGGGGGAGGGGGAGGAGGGGGAUAAGAAGCUGAAGCAAGAUCCGACACAGGAGCAGGAUCAGCAGCCAUCCCAAAAAUGCAUGGAAGCUAAACCUACUUUGAAGCUAAUUGGUAGUUACUUUGUGGUUGGUGUCGAGAAAUCAGCCCUGUAG